CUGAAUUGAAAUGAGAAAGAAAUAAUGAAAUGAAGUGAAAUGAUUUAAACAGAAUAACAAAACAACAAAGAUGGUUUGUAAACAAAUAAUGUUAUUAAAGAGCAUUGCUAUUCCUUCCCAGAGGAUAAUAAGCAGACAAAUGCAAUGUAGUUCAGUUUUAUAUGAAUCUGUAGCUAGCUGGAGACUAAGAAAAGGAUUGCCAGCCAAAGGAAGAGAAUAUGGUCCUAUGACAGAUCUACCAGAUUGGUCUUAUGCAGAUGGAAGACCUGCUCCUCUUCAAGAAGCUAAGAAGAAAAGAAUAAAACUGCAGAAAGAAUAUAUGGAUAAUAUUAUUAAACUCAGCAAAGAAGUGGAUAAAUGCUUUGAUCUCAACCGUCAAAAGGCUGCAACAGAGGAGGCAAAUAGAAAGAAAGCAAUACAGAAUAGAUUAAAGCCCAAAGGAGAACGUUUUAGUUAAAUAAUUUUUGUUUUAGAUGUACAGUAUCAAUAAAUCAUUGAAAGUAGAAAA